AAUACUAAAAUAAUCCAUCAAAUGAACAGCCCAUUACGUCUUUCCUCCCCAAUGUCAUCCUGUCGUCACAUGGAUGACGUCCAGCGCCGUUCUCCCGCAUACUUACUCCAACGCUCUAUACUGCGUUCCAGCGGUGGCGGUAUCCAGGGAUACUUCAAAUAUAUAUUGUGGCAAAUCAUCGCAUCCAAACCAAUAUGGGUAGAGAAGGCGGAGCCCCUGAGAACAAGGCCCGUGGUUAUAAAGCCGCAAUGAAGAACCCCCAUGUCUCCCAACAAGCCAAGCAACACGCCCAGGACGAACUGAACCAGAUAGAGAGCUCGACCGCAGGCGGGCAGGAACGGCAUGAGGGUAAUGUCAAGAGGGGUCUCAAGGCAGCAACUAAUAACCCCAAUGUGACCGACUAUGGCAAGCGGGAGGCUAGGAGUAAGCUCGAGGCUAUGGGGGAGCAGGUUGAAGAGCCUUCUGAUUAGAAACCUUGUAUAUAGUCGGUAUAUAGAGUGUUGAAAGACAAACGUAUAUACGGGGUAUAGCAUAUCUUCG